AUGGCCUCCCAGACCACAACACAGCAUCUCUCGCCGACCAUGGACCUCCCCUCCUUUAUAUCCGCCCUCCCCAAGGCCGAACUGCAUGUCCACCUCGAAGGCUGCCUUACGCCAAGCCUUGCGCGCUCCCUGGCGGCGCGGAACAACCUCCCGCUGCCACCCUCACUCUCGGCCCUGGACCAGACCGGCUCGACCUACUCGUUCCACGACCUCACCACCUUCCUCCAAGUCUACUAUCCCAACUUGUCGGUGCUGCAGACGGCGCAAGAUUUCGCCGACCUGGCCGUCUCGUACUUGACCGUCGCCCACGCCCAGAACGUCAAGCACUGCGAACUCUUCUUCGACCCCCAAGCCCACACCUCGCGCGGCGUGCCGUUCCCCACCGUCGUGCGCGGCUACCAGGCCGGCAUCCAGACCGCGCAGCGCGGUCUCGGCAUCUCGGCCUCCCUGAUCAUGUGCUUCCUGCGCGACCACAGCGCCGAGUACGCCAUGGCCACGCUCAUGUCGUCCCUCCCCUUCAAGGACGUCAUCAUCGGCGUGGGGCUGGACAGCGACGAACGCGACAACCCGCCGGCAAAGUUCGCGGCCGUGUUUCAGCGCGCGGCCAAGGAGGGCUUUCUGAUCACCAUGCAUUGUGACAUCGAUCAACCCAACACGUUGACACAUAUAGGGCAGGCCAUCAAUGAGAUCCAAGUCGAUCGCAUCGACCACGGGACCAACAUUGUCGACUCGCCCGAGCUGAUAUCCACGUUGAAACAGAGAGGCAUUGGAUUGACGGCGUGUCCCAUCUCAAACAGUAUCGUCACAGAUGACUUUAAAGGCAAAGAGAUCAUCGACUUGCUGAGACAGGGCGUCCGUGUGACGGUGAAUAGUGACGAUCCAGCAUACUUCAGGGGAUACGUGAAUGAAAAUAUGCUCAAACUCGCCUCGGCUCCGGAACUGAAUGUGACGAGGAAGGAGUUGAUUCAGUUGCAAAGGAACGCCUUCACCAUCAGUUGGAUCAGUAGUUGGAAGCGGAACCACUUCUUACAGUUGUUGGAUGAGUUUGAACGUCUGACGUUGGGAAGCGAAGAAGCACAGGUGCCAAAUGGUGUUUGA